UGUCACAGAUACGACGCUGUUAUUUGACUUAGAUUAUGACGCUAUUUAGGAUGUUACGCCAAAUGUGCAACUCGUAAUGUCACUUGCGCAUAGGCCAGUCAUACAUUGAACGCGGAUUCAUUCAUUUGCGUGCAUGCUUCGCUUUUUAGGAGUACGUUUUCGAUAAACACUUGUUAGCAUUAGCAACAUUUUACUUGCAAACACCCACUGCAGUUUUUAGAACGGCGACACAAAUACAACGAAAAUGGGCUAUUUAAAACUGAUAGAGAUCGAAAACUUCAAGUCAUAUAAAGGGAGACAGAUCAUUGGACCUUUUCACAAGUUUACUGCAAUCAUCGGACCCAAUGGAUCUGGAAAGUCCAACCUCAUGGAUGCCAUCAGCUUUGUGCUGGCGGAGAAGACCAGUAACUUGCGUGUGAAGACUCUAAAAGAUCUUAUCCAUGGAGCACCUGUGGGGAAGCCAGCUGCCAACAGAGCCUUUGUCAGUAUGGUGUACCAGGAGGACAAUGGAGAGGAGCGCUCCUUCACAAGGGCCAUUAUUGGUUCCUCCUCUGAAUAUCGCAUCAACAACAAGGUAGUGGGCCUGCCUGAGUACAGUGAGGAGUUGGAAAAACUCGGCAUCCUUAUCAAAGCUAGGAACUUCCUGGUCUUUCAGGGAGCUGUGGAGUCCAUUGCCAUGAAGAAUCCCAAGGAGCGUACUGCUCUGUUUGAGGAGAUUUCCCGUUCUGGAGAGCUGGCCCAGGAAUAUGACCGCAGGAAGAAGGAGAUGGUGAAAGCAGAAGAGGACACUCAGUUCAAUUAUCAUCGGAAGAAAAACAUUGCUGCUGAGCGCAAAGAAGCAAAGCAAGAGAAAGAGGAGGCUGAGCGCUAUCAGCGCCUGAAGGAUGAAGUAGCAAGGGCCAGUGUUCAGUUGCAGCUCUUCAAGCUUUACCACAAUGAAACUGAGCUUGAGAAACUAAAUAAAGAGCUGGGCCAGCGGAACAAGGAGAUAGAUAAGGACCGUAAAAAGAUGGACCAUGUGGAGGAGGAACUGAAGGAUAAGAAGAAGGAGCUGGGCAGGAUGAUGAGGGAGCAGCAGACCAUUGAGAAAGAAAUCAAAGAGAAAGAUUCCGAGUUGAACCAAAAGAGGCCACAGUACAUCAAGGCCAAAGAGAACACCUCACACAAGAUCAAGAAGCUUGAGGCGGCGCGCAAAUCAUUGCAAAAUGCUCAGAAGAUGUACAAGAAACGCAAGGGAGACAUGGAUGAGCUGGAUAAAGAGAUGAAGGCGGUGGAACUGACCAAGCAAGAGUUUGAGGAGAGAAUGGAGGAGGAGGCGCAGAGUCAGGGCCAGGAUCUCACUCUGGAGGAAAACCAGGUCAAGCAGUACCAUCGUCUGAAGGAGGAGGCCAGUAAACGUGCUGCAACACUGGCACAGGAGCUGGAGAAGUUCAACCGUGACCAAAAGGCAGACCAGGACCGCCUUGAUUUGGAAGAGAGAAAGAAAGUUGAGACAGAGGCCAAAAUCAAACAAAAGAUCAGGGAAAUUGAGGAAAACCAGAAACGUAUUGAGAAAUUAGAGGAUUAUAUUUCCACCAGCAGGCAGUCACUGGAUGAGCAGAAGCGCAUGGAGGAGGAGCUGACCGAGGAGGUGGAGAUGGCCAAGAGGAGGAUUGAUGAGAUCAACACGGAGCUUAACCAGGUAAUGGAGCAGCUUGGAGAUGCUAGAAUUGACAGACAGGAGAACAGUCGCCAGCAGCGCAAGGCUGAAAUAAUGGAGAGUAUCAAACGACUCUACCCAGGCUCAGUGUAUGGUCGUCUUAUUGACCUGUGUCAGCCCACUCAGAAGAAGUAUCAGAUUGCUGUGACCAAAGUGUUGGGCAAGAACAUGGAUGCCAUCAUUGUUGACUCGGAGAAGACUGGAAGAGACUGCAUUCAGUACAUCAAAGAGCAGAGAGGAGAGCCUGAGACCUUCCUUCCUCUUGACUACCUUGAGGUGAAACCAACUGAUGAGAAACUGCGAGAGUUGCGAGGAGCCAAGCUGGUGAUUGAUGUGAUUCGCUAUGAGCCUCCUCACAUUAAGAAAGCUCUGCAAUAUGCAUGUGGGAACGCCUUGGUCUGUGACAACGUAGAAGAUGCUCGAAGGAUCGCUUUUGGAGGUCCAUAUCGACACAAGACUGUAGCCCUGGACGGUACUCUGUUUCAGAAGUCUGGAGUCAUCUCUGGAGGAGCCAGUGACCUGAAGGCCAAGGCCAGGCGCUGGGAUGAGAAAGCAGUGGACAAGCUCAAGGAAAAGAAAGAAAAACUGACAGAAGAGCUCAAGGAGCAAAUGAAGGCCAAGAGGAAGGAGGCAGAGCUGCGUCAGGUGCAGUCUCAGGCCCACGGUCUGCAGAUGAGACUCAAAUACUCCCAGAGUGACUUGGAGCAGACAAAAACCCGCCACCUCUCCCUCAACAUGCAGGAAAAGUCGAAGCUUGAGAGCGAAUUGGCAAACUUUGGCCCUCGCAUCAACGACAUCAAGAGGAUCAUCCAGUCCCGUGAGAAGGAGAUCACUGACCUACGGGACCGCAUGAACCUGGUGGAAGAUGAAGUGUUUGUGGAAUUCUGUGAGGAGAUCGGAGUGAGGAACAUCAGAGAGUUUGAGGAGGAGAAGGUGAAGAGGCAAAAUGAAAUCGCAAAAAAGCGUCUUGAGUUUGAGACUCAGAAGACCCGCCUUGGCAUCCAGGUAGAUUAUGAGAAGAAUCAGUUGAAGGAGGACCAGGAGAAAGUCAUGAUGUGGGAACAGACAGUCAAGAAGGACGAGGCUGAAAUAGAGCGACUUAAGAAGGAGGAGCACAGACACAUGAAGAUCAUUGAUGAGACAAUGGCACAACUGCAAGACCUGAAGAACCAGCACCUCACCAAGAAAUCUGAAGUCAAUGACAAGAACCAUGAGAUGGAGGAGAUCCGCAAAAAACUGGGGGGUGCCAACAAGGAGUUAACACAGCUCCAGAAAGAGGUGACAGCCAUCGAGACCAAACUGGAACAGAAGCGCAGCGACCGUCACAACUUGCUGCAAGCCUGCAAAAUGCAGGAUAUCAGGUUGCCUCUUCGUUCUGGCACUAUGGAUGAUAUCAGCCAGGGCGAGGGGAGUUCACAGGCGGAUGAAUCCAGCAGCCAGAGGACGUCCAGUACUGUUCUUGCUAAAGAGGCUCUAAUAGAAAUUGAUUACAGCAACCUGACUGAAGACCUCAAGGACACACUUACAGAUGAAGAGAUCAAGGCGGAGACAAACACGCUGCAGCAGCGUCUGAAUGAGCAACAGAGCAUCUUACAGAGGAUCAGUGCACCCAACAUGAAAGCCAUGGAGAAGCUUGAGAGCGUCAGGGACAAGUUCCAAGAGACCAGCGAUGAGUUCGAAGCUGCUCGUAAGAGAGCCAAGAAGGCCAAGCAGGCCUUUGAGCAGAUUAAAAAGGAAAGGUAUGAUCGAUUCAAUACCUGCUUUGAGUCUGUGGCCACCAACAUUGACGAGAUAUACAAGGCCCUCUCACGCAACAGCAGUGCUCAGGCCUUCCUUGGCCCAGAGAACCCAGAGGAGCCGUACCUGGAUGGCAUUAAUUAUAACUGUGUGGCUCCUGGAAAGAGGUUCAGGCCCAUGGACAACUUGUCUGGAGGAGAGAAGACAGUUGCUGCCCUUGCUCUGCUCUUUGCCAUCCACAGCUACAAACCCGCGCCCUUCUUUGUCCUGGAUGAGAUUGACGCUGCUCUGGACAACACUAACAUCGGCAAGGUGGCGAAUUACAUCAAAGACCAGUCGGUGCAGAACUUCCAGGCCAUUGUCAUUUCUCUGAAGGAGGAAUUCUACACCAAGGCAGAUUCACUCAUCGGUGUUUAUCCAGAGCAAGGAGAUUGCGUCAUCAGCAAAGUUCUCACCUUUGACCUCUCUCAGUAUCCUGAUGCCAACCCAAAUCCGAAUGAAUAGGACGUGACUCCUAAAGGUGGUAUUCUGGCAAGUUGUAUGUACAUCUGUUACUCGCUUGUGUACUCUGUAGACACAAACCAUGUAUCCAUUAGGCCCCACCUGUUCUUUACUAUUGUUUUUAUGUGUAUGUAUUUUUUUGGAAAUGUUGGAUUAGUGAAUUAGUGAUAUUUUCUUUUUUUUUUAUUUGCAGGUUGUUGUUCUUUAUGAACUGCAACAACCAAGAUUUAUGUACAUUUAUAAAAUGUGUCUGUUUCUCAAUUUGGCCUUACAAGAGUCAUUAAAAAUGAGGAAACUUGGUUAUCACCCAGCGUUUUUAAGAGACUCAAAAGUUUUUAUCAUGCAGUAAAACAUUAAAUUGACCUGAAUCAAGCCUUUGCUGGGAACUUUUAUACUGCCCUUCUGUCAGCGAUGGGCUUCAAAGCCUUUUCCGCUCUCCUGUUGUAUUUACUCCAAGAUUUUCUUUGUCUUCUAUAUUUUUUAGAAGCUCAAUCAGGAAAGUGUCGCAUGGAUACAUUCCCAUAUGUGAUCACUAAAUUAAAUCAUUUGUAAAAUGUCAAAAUGUCAAAUGUGUAAUCCGAGUUCAAGGAAAUGUACGGAGGUGUAUGAAUUACUCUUUUCUCUUUAUAUUCCCUGAUAUCAGCAAAUGGAAAACAUGUGUGUGAGAAGUCAGGAUUUUUGUUUGUGAUAGUUUUGCUUCAAUAAAUACAUUUCUAAAUA